GCCGAGAGGACCGUCACGGACCCGUAGUUAACUUAGCCUCUGGCGUCGAAGAACGCUCCAUCGAUCAUCGCUAGGUAUCUAGAACGCUCGUGAACGCUGAUGUUGACGAUGAAAAAUAUUAUGGGCAUGAUGCUUGCUGCGGAGAUACGACAAGGACGAGUAACUGUUUAGGCCUUGAAGAGCCUGAGGCACCCUUUUCCCCAAUCAUGCACGGGGCUCGCUUACCUGUUUUCUCUUAUCCUGUUUGGUCGAGAUGAUUGCACUUGUAGCACGCCUCAAUCAGAGAGCAGAAGACAUUUCGCAGCUGGUGACCAGGAGCAGGGACGAGGCCUGUGAGAGAUGUUCGAUUCGAGCUCCAGUUCUCCACAACCUGAUUAAUCCUGAAGAUCAUUGUUUUGGCCCCCAAUCCAUGGUACGAGAACCUCGAAAAAGCGUCACUACAGAGAGACUGGUGCUGGAAUCUCUUCCACAUGGUCGUCAUGGCAGAUGCAGACAACCAGAAAUUUGAUAACCUCCUCAAUUUCCGCGAUGUUGGUGCUCACAUCAAUUCGAUCGUGGGGACAGAAGUCUUGAAGACAGGUUUCCUCUUCAGGAGUGCCCGACCGGAUGAAUGCAGUCCGUCGGAUCGUGAUCAGCUGGUCAACAAAUUCAAAAUUAACACCAUCAUCGACCUUCGUUCCAAGACAGAACAUAUCAAUGCGGCCAAGAAACGCUCAGAAAUCGACUUUGCCUCCCAAUCUGCUGCGAUUCCUUCAGUCGACCAGGAUGUUGCUCAAUCGUACCAGAUUUCCAGCAUCCGAUAUGCCAAGAUUAACCUCAAUGGCAAAGGAUUCGAGCGACACCUCAUAUGGCAACUGAAAUAUACCAGUCUGGCCAAGUUGGUCUUUCUUAUGGCUCUUGGAUAUCGUACCGAAGGCAUUUCGGUCUUGGGACGGGAGUUGAUGCAGCCUCGGGGGCUUACAGGUCUCGGCAUCGAUACCCUUGACCACAGUGGUCCCGAGGUCAAACAAGUCUUUGACGUCCUAGCCGACCAAAACACUUGGCCGGUGAUGGUGAAUUGCACUCAAGGAAAAGACAGAACAGGCAUCAUCAUUUUGUUAGUCCUUCUGCUCUGCGAUAUCGACGUCGAAGCCAUCGCCAAGGACUAUGUCAGAUCUGAACCAGAAUUGGAGCCGGAGAAAGCAGCAAGAAUGGAAGAGAUAUCAAGCAUUGGCCUAGAUGAGUCGUUUGCGGGUUGUCCUCCUGAUUUCUGUGAGAGAAUUCUCCAACAUCUGAAGUCGUCCUAUGGCGGGCUUCACGACUACCUUGGAAAAAUCGGAGUCAACCAGAGUCAACAAGAACGCAUCAGGACUGUGCUGAAGAUCAAGCAGUGAUCAAAGAGUCCAUCGUUACUGUUUUAGCCCAGCGCGAUGUUGCACAAUUGGACCCAACUCUACUACAUUGUAGACCGGCUUCGUUGGUAUCCCGGGUAGUUUUGCAGCCUGGUACUUGUACCUGCUGCGUGGAAAGAAGGAUGUUCUGACCAGGAGGAUGACAUUCGCGCUGGUCGCUGGGAUUUUAUGGAGUAGAAAACGCCACUGAAGGAGCACCUAGAGAAGCAUAUCGAUGCAACUUCUCCUCCCACGAUCAAUGGCCGGUCAAGAGGCGGAAAUACCUACUGAUAGGAGAAGUAGUUGACCUGCUUGAAACAGAAUGAUACUCGUACUGUUA